GCUGCACAAUAUAUACACAGGCACUGGACCACGUAAACAGCAGAGCAAAGCCUGACUGAGGCAGUCGGAGUGAAUCCUCAGAAGAGAAGCAUCAUAGAUCCUAGAAACACAAAGACAAAAGACCUGAGGAGAUUCUUCACAGUGCCCAGAGGUUUCCAGCAACACAGUGUUCUGAGACAAGACAACGAGUGGCAUAUGAAAAAAUAGUGGAGACAAAGCUUAGAGCUAGAGUCUAAAAGAGACAGAAGCAGACACAUUAAAGCUGAAAUACUUGACUCAACAGGCAGAGGCUGAACAGCCAAACAUGGCCAAAAAUACAGCAGAAGAAAUGCCACGGCUUUUCAAAAAAAUGUCGAUGAGUGAGGUGGAUGAGAAGGUACGCCUGCGAGCAGAGAAGGUCUAUGCCUCUGCCCUGCAAGAGGAAGACACCAAGGAUGCUCUGGCACUGUUCAAUGUGCCUGAGGACUGUCCCAUCGGUCUGCACGAGGACAGGGAGAGGUCACUGCAGAGGGAAAUGGCUGCGCAGCAGUCUCUGGAGUCUGCUAUGAAGAAGAAGAUGUUCAUGUUGAAGCGUUCGCAAUCAGUAUCUUUGCAGAUACCUGUCGGAGGUGACUGGGUCCGGUCUGUGGUUUCUCCAAUGCUCUCCGAAACCACAACAGAACCUUUUCCCCAAGAGGGCUUUCCAGACUUCCAGAGAGUAACCAUCAGUGGAGAUUACUGUGCAGGGAUCACAGUGGAGGAUUAUGAGCAGGCAGCCAAAAGUAUACUUGGGGCACUGCUCAUAAGAGAGAAAUACAGCAGGCUGGCCUACCAUCACUUUCCCAGGACCACUGCCCGAUUCCUCCGCAACACCCAAAAUGAGAAGUGGAAGGAGGAGGAUGAGAUUAUGCCAGACAUAUGGCCUUUCCCUCGUGAAGGGGUGGACCCAUACUCCAUGGAGUGUAUUCCUGAGAACCUGAAUUAUGAGCUGCAGAUGAAGGAUGGCAUUGUUCAUGUUUAUGACAAUACCGAGGCCCUAAAACAACAGCGGCCUCACAGCCUCCCUUAUCCCGACCUCGAAACCUUUGCUAUAGACCUGAGCCAUGUCCUUGCAAUGAUAUGUGAUGGCCCAACGAAAACCUACUGUCACAGACGGUUGAACUUCUUGGCUUCCAAAUUCUACCUUCAUGAAAUGAUGAAUGAAAUGGCAGAGCUAAAAGAGCUAAAAUGUGUUCCACACAGAGACUUCUACAACGUCAGAAAGGUGGACACACAUAUACACGCUGCUGCUUGCAUGAACCAGAAGCAUCUGCUGAAAUUUAUAAAGACCACAUACCAGACAGAGGCAGAUCGCGUGGUCUUGGAGAAGGGCAGCCAAAAGCUCACACUCAAGGAAGUCUUCAACAAGCUUAAGAUGGACCCCUACGACCUCACCGUAGACUCUCUGGACGUGCACGCUGGAAGACAAACAUUUCAUCGUUUUGACAAGUUCAACUCCAAAUACAACCCUGUUGGAGCCAGCGAACUGCGAGAGAUUUACUUGAAAUCAGACAACUACAUCAAAGGAGAAUACUUUGCACGUCUCAUCAAGGAAGUUGCCAGAGAGCUGGAGGAGAGCAAGUACCAGCAUGCUGAGCCCCGUCUGUCGAUUUACGGCCGCUCCACCAGCGAGUGGGAGAGCCUAGCAACCUGGUUCAUCCAGCAUAAGGUCCACUCACCAAACAUGAGAUGGAUGAUCCAAGUCCCCAGGAUCUAUGACAUUUUUAAGUCAAAGAAAUUGAUCCCAAACUAUGCCAAGAUGCUGGAGAAUGUUUUCCUCCCCCUGUUUGAGGCUACAGUCAAUCCGCAAAAGCACAAAGUACUACAUGUUUUCUUGAAAUACGUGACAGGGUUUGACAGUGUGGAUGACGAGUCCAAACACAGUGAUCACAUGUUCUCUUACAAAAGCCCAAAGCCAGAGGAAUGGACCACAGAUGACAAUCCUCCCUACACCUACUACCUGUUCUACAUGUAUGCCAACAUCAUGGUGCUCAACAACCUGCGCAAGGAGCGAGGACUGAACACCUUCCAGUUUCGUCCCCACUGUGGUGAGGCUGGCUCCAUCACCCACCUGGUUUCCGCCUUCCUUACGGCUGACAACAUCUCCCAUGGACUCAACCUCAAAAAGAGUCCAGUGUUGCAGUACCUGUACUACCUGGCCCAGGUCCCAAUCGCCAUGUCCCCACUGAGCAACAACAGCCUGUUCCUCCAGUACUCCAAGAACCCUCUACGAGAGUUCCUACAGAAGGGCCUGUGUGUGUCGCUGUCCACUGACGACCCCAUGCAGUUCCACUACACAAAGGAGGCCUUGAUGGAGGAGUAUGCCAUUGCCGCCCAGCUGUGGAAGCUGAGCACCUGUGAUUUGUGUGAGAUAGCCAGAAACAGUGUGUUGCAGAGCGGACUCUCACAUGAGGAGAAGAAACACUUCAUUGGGGCCAACUACCUACAGGAUGGGCCGCAGGGCAACGACAUUCGGCGGACAAACGUGGCACAAAUCCGCAUGGCCUACCGCCAAGAAACACUGUGCAAUGAGCUCAGUUUUCUAGUGGACGCAGUGAAGACAGAUGUUGGCAAUAACUCACCUGAGUGAUUUACCACGCCAGUAAAAGCCCGUGCCGGAGUAUGUCCUCAGGGAUAAAGGCAUAGGUUAGACGGCACAUACAUUUUUCUUAUUUUACAUAUUCUUAUAAAAUGUUUUGACUCAGAUUAAAAAAAGGGGCCCUUCUUACUAUUUUAUGUUGACUUUGGUGGAGAAAUCAGCCAUGGCCUACAUGAUUUUCAUACUAUAUUUAAUGCUGCUGUGAUCAUGCUUGUGAAUUUGGCCAAUCCCUGUGUGCCUCAUUUUAUUGGGAUAGAGAUUUAUUUUCUAAUGAAGGGUGUGAAUUGCAAAGAGCACUGGCCACAAAACCAGAUUUGGAAUUGACACAUUCAUUCAAAAGUAGAAUAUAAAUGAUUUUUACUGAAAAAAAAGAAGAGUUCUUAUAACCGCAAAGUUGGCACUGGUGUUUUUUGUUAUCUUCACGCAUAUUACAAAGGCCUUUAUCUGGACUAUAGGUCUGAAAUAAAAUGUACUGUAAAAGAAGAAAAAUACUAAUUUAAGGCUCCCGUAAGAUUUGCCUUUUCGGAGUGAAUUCAGUCAAUUGCGUGAUUUUGUUAAAAGUGAAUAAGAGGCCGGUCAAAUAUUUAAAGACGAGACAGCUUUGUGGAGAAAUCAGUCUAACAAACCUGUAUUUACAAAUAUGAAAAGACUUUCUGAUAGUUACUUUCUUUUUUAUUUGUUAUUUCUAAUUUUACAUAUGUAAAUAAAGGCUGCAAAACAGGUCAUUAUGUUG